UCUUCCUGCCUAGGCCGGGCCGCUCGGGGACAGCCACUGGGGAUCCAUGGGGGACGAGAGAGGUCGGGGAGCCUAGCGGGGUCGGAGGCCUGACGUCGGGGGCUGGGUAGUUUCGAGCUGGGGCUACCGUGGUCGCCCAGGCCGCGGGUCGCAGGCCCAUCCCGGCAAAGAGCCGCCUCACAGCCCAGGCCUAGCCGAUGACUUCCGCGAACUAACCACCAGGAGGAGUGCGUGAGAAGGGGAGGGGUUUGUCCUCGGCUCAGGGAGGGUGGGGUGUUGGCUGGAGAGUUUGUAAAAAAGUUGUGAGACGAGCAAGAGGAAGUGAGAAGAGAGGAGUUGGAACUCUACCGGAGGCCGAGGACCGAGAGGUCUCAGGUGAUCUCUGGGAAGCUCCAGUGUCUGGAAGGGAACCGACUGCCUGCCUGGAUAGGAGGGACCUGCUGGCACGUUUGCCCCACCUGAGUCCGGAACUCAAGCUGUGUGUCCCGCUGCGCUUCCCCAGCUUGGCGGCUGUCGUGGCUGCGUCUGCGCCCUAACCAUGAGAAUCCGGAUGGCCGUAAGGUGGACCUGGGCAGGAAAGAGCUGCUUGCUGCUAGCGCUUUUAACGGUGGCCUAUAUCCUGGUGGAGCUCUCGGUUUCCACUUUCCAUUCUUCCCCUGAGACCGGCCUUGCCAGGGAGCGGGGGCCAAGAAAGCUUUCUGACCCCAAGAAUAAUGCAGAGGAUUUGUCUCGACCACUUUAUGAGAAGCCCCCUGCGGACUCCCAUGCACUGGGGGAGUGGGGGAAAGCCAGCAAACUCCAGCUCAAAGAGGAUGAACUGAAGCAGCAAGAGGAGCUCAUUGAGAGAUAUGCUAUCAAUAUUUACCUCAGUGACAGGAUUUCCCUGCACCGUCACAUAGAGGAUAAAAGAAUGUAUGAGUGUAAAUCCAAGACCUUCAAAUAUAGAAGACUUCCCACCACCUCUGUUAUCAUUGCUUUCUACAAUGAAGCCUGGUCGACUUUGCUCCGCACCAUUCACAGUGUUUUAGAAACCUCUCCUGCAGUCCUGUUGAAGGAGAUCAUCUUGGUUGAUGACCUGAGUGACAGAGCUUAUUUGAAGACACAGCUUGAAACUUACAUCAGCAAUCUGGAUAGAGUGCGCUUGAUUCGAACCAAUAAGCGGGAGGGGCUGGUUAGGGCCCGUCUGAUUGGAGCCACUUUUGCUACUGGGGAUGUCCUCACUUUCCUGGAUUGUCACUGUGAGUGUAACUCUGGUUGGCUGGAGCCACUUUUAGAAAGGAUUGGUAAAGAUGAAACAGUAGUUGUUUGUCCUGUUAUAGAUACCAUUGAUUGGAAUACUUUUGAAUUCUAUAUGCAGACAGGAGAGCCCAUGAUUGGUGGAUUUGAUUGGCGUUUAACAUUCCAGUGGCAUUCUGUCCCCAAAGAUGAAAGGGAAAGGCGUGAAUCGAGAAUUGACCCAAUCAGAUCACCCACCAUGGCUGGGGGACUGUUUGCUGUCAGCAAGAAAUAUUUUGAGUACCUUGGAACAUAUGACACUGGAAUGGAAGUGUGGGGAGGUGAAAACCUAGAGCUCUCUUUUAGGGUGUGGCAGUGUGGUGGUAAGUUGGAGAUCCAUCCCUGUUCCCACGUGGGCCAUGUAUUCCCAAAGCGGGCACCGUAUGCUAGGCCCAAUUUCCUACAGAAUACUGCUCGGGCAGCAGAAGUGUGGAUGGAUGAUUACAAAGAGCAUUUCUACAAUCGAAACCCUCCAGCCAGGAAAGAAGCUUAUGGUGAUAUUUCUGAAAGGAAAUUACUACGAGAACGGCUGAAAUGCAAGAGCUUCGACUGGUAUUUGAAAAACGUGUUUUCUAGUUUGCACGUUCCAGAGGAUAGGCCAGGCUGGCAUGGGGCGAUUCGCAGUAUAGGAAUCUCUUCUGAAUGCUUAGAUUAUAAUUCUCCUGACAACAACCCCACAGGUGCUAACCUUUCACUGUUUGGAUGCCAUGGUCAAGGAGGCAAUCAAUUCUUUGAAUAUACGUCAAACAAAGAAAUUCGGUUUAAUUCUGUAACGGAGUUAUGUGCAGAGGUCCCUGAGCAAAAGAAUUAUGUAGGAAUGCAAAAUUGUCCGAAAGAUGGAUUUCCUGUUCCAGCAAACAUUAUUUGGCAUUUUAAAGAUGAUGGAACCAUUUUUCAUCCACACUCAAAUCUGUGUCUUAGUGCUUAUCGGACACCUGAGGGCCGACCGGAUGUACAAAUGAGAACUUGUAAUGGUCUAGAUAAAAAUCAAAUCUGGAGGUUUGAGAAAUAGAAGAGCACAACUGCACUCUCAUUGUGUGCUGACAAUAGCUUCAGGAAAGUUGACAAGCCUCAGUGAAGACUAUAUUUUAUCGGAAAUUACCUAACAUCUGCGAGAACUAUAAAAACUGCUUCAUUUUGGUAUAUUACACUGAACUGGGUAUACCGCGUGCUGCUGUUUAAUAUUUCAAAGUGCCUUACUUAUGGGUUGUUUUAUUUAAGAGCUUUGUUGGUGUGGUCCCUUACUUCUCUUUAAAGAAGUAACUGUGAAUUGAGAUGCACAAACCAUUUAAGUGCCAGACUUAAUAUUAAAGAAUGUAUACUAUAUGUUGAGGUAUGAGGUAUGAUUUAUGUUGAUGAGUAAGUUCACAGCACAUCUCAUUUUUUUUAAAUAAAACUUAAAAUUGUGCAGUUUGAGUUAAUGCUAUUUUGAUUAUAUAUAGAAUUUUAAUUUCUUUCAGCCAGCUCAUUGAAUUCUUUAUUUUGUUUGCUUAUUUUUUAAACCAAAUUUUCCUUUAAUCAAGUAGAAAUCAAAGAAAAUUAAUCUUAAAGAGAAAGGGCCUAGUUUAGCUAUGAGUAUUAUUGGAAAAGGGCAUUAGUUUGAAUGUGAGUUUGCAGGUCUUUUUAGCAUACAGACAUCUCAGAAAAAAUAUACCCAUAUCUGAAUGAAAAAGGAAGAUACUUACAUUUCACACUUUGUAAACCUGAGCUGUUGGGCUUAACUGAUCUAUACUGAUACCUUGAAUCACUCUGAUUUUGUAAGCUGUCCUCUCUGUGAACUCCUUUGGGUGUAGGGCACUUUCUGAUUGCACUUCCUUGAGUUACUGUGCCUCCCAUUGUUACUGUUUAAUCAUUUAAAGUAAACACAACUGUGUUUACUGAAAUAUGUGAAACUGAAAGUGGACUCAGUUCUGCAAAGUCUCCAGAACUUUUCUACAAGUUCUGGCUGAUUAGGAAAUUGAAGUACUUAUCGUAACUUCUUGGCAUUUGAGAGAACUGCUCUCCAGCUUGUUUUCAGCACCUAGCCCUGAGUCUGGUAUUAAGCAGCUUUCAAUAAGUGGUUGAAUGAAUGGCUGGCUGAAUGAAUGAACGGCUCAGCUGAGAAAUGUGACUUUAAGUCACCUGAUGUACUUGGGCCCCAGUUGCUGCAUGUGUAAAAUGAAGAGACGGGAUUAGAUCUUGAAUUUCCCUUCCAGCUUUGAAAUGCUGUGAUUGUACAUUAUGUUCUUUUCAGAUUCAGUCACAGUGCAAUCUUGAUGAUAUGUUUUAUCUAUUCACUUUUAACAUAGAUGAUGUUGUUGAGCAAUGUACAGUCCAGUUAUGAAGUUGGAAAAGAGAAAUGGUUUUAAAAAUUAAGUGAGCUGAGCUCAACUGAAGUGGUUUGGGUAGAAAUUUCUUGUGGUCAGUGUUUAUAGUCAUUUCAUUUUCACAGCUGUUGAAUUAAUUUUGUUUUUAAAACUUUUCAAACUCCAAAAAUAAUCUUUGGGACUAAGAAUAUAAAUGUUUCAUAAACUAAAUUAUUGAGAAGUAAACAUACUAAAAAAAAAAGUAUUUUACUGGUUUUAUUCCAGUGUUAUAUCCAGAAAUCAUAGAAUGAAUUUAGAGUUAAAUCUCAAUUAGAUGACUUUGGUCUAGAUUUAUGAAAAAUGUCAUGCUGCAUAAAGAGUUAGUCCACAAAACUCAUAAAGUUGUUUUUGGUGUGAUUAAUGAUUUGAAAAAAGGGGAAUUUUGCAAAAACUGAAUUUAAGAAAACUUUUUAGGAUAACCAUUUCCAGAAAGAUAGUUCCUAUAUAUCUUGAACAUUUUGUUUCUUUUUUUGCCUCAUGAAAUGAAAAUGUAUUAAUAGUUUCUGUAAGUUACCUAGCAACCUGAAAGUUUUUCAAAGAAUGGUCUGCUUACAUAUGCAGUGUGCUUAGCCCUGGUGUAAUUUCAGAAGGAUUUAUAAUAAAGCUUUGAAUUUUUCAAAAGGGUUGAUUGACAGCAGGUAUUCUCCCAAACAUAACCCUUCUCCUUGCCCAGUCUUUUUUUUUUUUUUAACCAUGCUUUCACUUUUUAUUUAUUUUUUGUUGUUUUUGUUAGCCCACCUAUCAGAUGGGAGAACUAAAAUUCAUUUAUUCUGGAAGUACUUGUUGGAAUUAUUUUUCUUCUGGUAUCUUGCUACUUUGCUUAAAAUGGACAAGAGACUUUUAAAAGAAAAGUUACUUUAAUCUUUUUUUUAUCUUUUGCCCAAAAUUGCUGGUUGUGACCAAUAGUCUUUUUGAAUGAAACUUUAGGCUUGUGCUUUAUUUAUAUCAGUAAUUCAGAAUAAUUAGGCUAUUUCUCAUAAUAGUGUAGGUAACAGAACAGAAUUUCACAUUUUCAUUUAUAGGCAUGUUCCACUAUAACUUCAAAAACAUACCAUUAAGCUAUGUAUAAAAUAUGUUUUAAUUCCCUAAUUCUAAUUUAUUGGUACCAAAGCUCUCUUUUGCUGUAGACAAUUAAGAGUGACCUUUUAAGUUAAUUUGCCUCCUUAACAGUUUUAGUCAAAUAUUUGGAGGGUGAGGAAUUUCAACUUUAAAGGUUCAUUGUAUCAUAUUAAGUGUCCAAUACUAUGAAUAGAUGUUCUAGGCAUUUGUAACAGUCAUUUUAAAAAUGAUAAUCUAGUCAUCUCAAGGAUCUCUAUAAUUCAAAAUAACUUUUUUGUAAUAGAAAAUUUCUUUACUCACCCAGUAGUAGGCUCCAGCAUAUUCAUUAUAUGUUAGCAAAUCAAACUUUGCUAGGUCGUAGACAAAAGAUUAUUUUUAAAUUGUCUUUGUUGGUUUGGGGGGAGGUCUCAAUUUUAAGUAAUAAAAUACUUGGUUUUGACUUAUCUUUUUAAAUUGCUGUUUUAAAAUAAGCACAAGAAUGUUGUGGUUCAGAUUAAUCUCUUAAAUGAUGAUUUCUUUUCUGUGUGAAGAGCAGUUUCUGUUCUUUUUUUCCUUUUGUUAAUGAAAUUUGCAGUAUUGAUUAAGGAGAAUGAAAUAAAAGUGUGCCUAAUUAUUUUUGCAAAUGGAUUCUGAUGAUUUUUUAUUCUCAUGGGUUCACUGCCCCUAAGUACACAUUUAUUAAUGGGGACAGUGCUAAAUUAAACUUAUAAUUCUUUUACUUACUUGAAAAUGCUGACAAUAAAAUAUAAAAAAGUCAAGAUUCCUACAUGAUUUUGCAAGGUAUCAUUACCCAGCACAUAUUAUGAAGUGGUGUUAUUUUAUUUUUGCAUUAACUACUUAUAAAC